AUGGUUUUGAAAUUGAAGCAAUGGGCAAUAUGUGCAUUGUUCUUACUAGUAGCAGGAGUUGCAGAAGCCCGUGUUUUCGACAUGAUAAACUACGGUGCAAAGGCAUACGGCAAGAUGGAUAUCAGUAAGGCUCUGAUCUCAGCUUGGAAUGAUUCAUGUGCAUCAGUUGAGCAAAUGAUCUUGGAGGGAAGUUGCAAGAGUCCUUCAGUUGGGUUUCAACUUGAAGGAGUAGUACAAGCUCCAUCUGAUCCUGCCACUUUCAAGACCGACGGUUGGAUUAUUUUCCAGAACAAUAAAGGCUUGACAGUCUCCGGUGGAGGAACAUUUGAUGGCCAAGGACAAAAGGCUUGGAGUAACAGCAAUUGUGCCCAAGAUCCUAAUUGCGAAUUGCCCCCUGCGGCCCCAUUACUUGUUCAGCUAAGUAACAUCAAGUUCAACAUGAUCAGAAGAACAACACAAUCUCAGAUUACAGUCAUUAUCACAUGUAGCAGAGCAGUGCCAUGUGAGCACUUGGAGGUUGGAGACAUAAAUUUGCAGUACACUGGAAAAGCACGAGUGGUUCAGGCCACAUGUACUGACGUGAAACCCAUUCUUUUCGGGUUGCAGAUCCCAGCCAUCCAUUGUAGUCUUAAACAGCUUUGCAAAAUCCAUAUUGGCAACAAUUGGUGGCAAAAUGCAAUAAAUGAAACUUGA